AUGUUCAAUUUAUGCAUUCUUAACACGGGUCUCCCUACACGUCGUACUAAAGCAAAUGAAAAUAUAAGUGCGAUAGAUCUUUCUAUUUGCUCGCCAGAAUUGGCUUCAUCUAUAUUAUGGCGUCCUCUGGAAACUUCAUUUGGAAGUGACCAUUAUCCGCUAAUGAUGACAGUUCCGAUUAAAAAUAGUUACAAUAAGGUUAAAAAAACACGAUUAAAAUAUAUAUUAAAAAAUGCUGAUUGGGGCAAAUUUAAAGAGAACGUUGAAAGCCGGAUUGAAAAUCUGCCAGAAAUUUCUGCAGGCCAUGAGGAUGCUUGUUCUGAACGUCUGGUUAUAAUAUUUAUUGAAUCAGCAGAUGAUACUUUUCUGCAUAAAUCCACUAAUAGUUCAAAACUCAAAUUUCCAGCAUGGUGGGAUAAAGAAUGCACUAACGCUGUCAAAGAAAGAAAGCGUAUGGAAAGAAUUUACGCGCAUGAUAUGUCCGACAUAAAUUUUGAAAAUCUCUCUCAAACUAUUAAUUUUACCCGGUCACUUCUUAAAACAAAAAAACAAGAAGGGUGGAAAUCUUUUUGUUUAUCUUUGUCCCCUGAUACUUCUCCUGGUGAAGUGUGGAAAAAUAUUAGACGUUUUCGAUCAGCUUUCAAAGAACAAUCAUCCGAUAUUUCUAAGGAAUUAGCUCAUAAAUUUAUAGAUAAUCUGGCACCUCUUACGGUUCCGGAGUAUAUUGAUAGGAUACCCUCAGUUAUCUCCCCUACAGAUCAUAAUUAUAGUUCUUUAGUAGGAUGUCCAUUUAUUUUAGAAGAACUCAAAGGAGUUCUUUCGUGUGUUAAAGAUUCUUCGCCGGGAAUGGACGAGAUUCCAUAUUCCUUUUUAUCUCACCUAUCAGAACCAUGUUUAAAAUAUUAUUUAGACCUAAUAAAUUCAAUAUUGAUGUCUGGGAACAUUCCUCGGUCUUGGAAAUUGCAAGAAAUCAUACCUAUUUUAAAGCCAAAUAAAUCCUCAAGUGAGGUAGCAUCCUAUAGGCCAAUUGCUUUAUCAUCUGUUCUUUGCAAAAUUUCAGAGCAUUUAAUUAAAAAUCGUCUAGAGUGGUAUUUGGAACAUAACCGACUUCUAUCGAGUCAAUUUGGGUUUCGCAAAGCAAAGAGUGCCAUUGACAACAUCUCCAUACUAACUUCAGACAUCAAUAUCGCUUUUUCAUGUAAUCAACAUGUUGUUGCUGCGUUUGUUGAUAUUCGUUCAGCAUACGACAAUGUUGUCAUCUCGAUACUACAAAAAAAACUUUUGAAACUUGGUAUUCCUUAUGUUUUAAUUAAUUUUAUUAUAUCAUUACUAGAACAAAGAUAUAUAUUUUUAAACAUUGAUGAAUCUGUCCAAUUAAAACGUACAAUAAGUAGAGGUCUCCCUCAAGGAUCAGUCUUAAGUCCUCUGUUGUAUAAUAUUUACACACAUGAUUUGGCUGAUUCACUCAAUUCCACUAUUAACAUCCUUCAGUACGCGGAUGAUCUAGUUAUAUACACAAUAGAUGCUAAUUUAAACUGUGCUGGUAAUUUUUUAAAUCAAGGUCUUACUUGA